AUGGCGAGGCUUCAAGGCUGGCUGGUCCUCGUCCUUUUCUCAGCCUCAGCCUCGCAUCAGAAUUUUUGUCGGCAAUUGGGUUGCAGCGUCAACUUGUCUCCAUGCUCUUUCUUCCAUAGCAGUCCUUUGCUCGUCACUUUGUCGAAUAGAUGUGGCCACAAGCUGAUGCCUCUCCGAUCUGCGAUCUUACCGAUCCUACCAAGACGGGUUCAACCCCUCGAUCUCCCUAUUCUUCCUUUCCUUGCGCCUCGAGUUUUCCAACCAUGGCCCUUCGGGGGUCGGCACAACUCACACAACUACUCAACUGUAGCAGCACCCUCGACGUCAAAAACUCAGUCCGCUGAGCAAGCAAAGGAUUAUGAUACGGAUACAGCUGUAAAAGAGCUUAGUCCUAUUGCUACUGAGCAGGAAUGGAAGGCUCCUUCUGUAGCUUUCCCGCCUGCUUCGCACACUUCAAGGACCAGGCGCAGAACAGCUUCGGACGGCAAUCAACCUGAGAUAGCGAAGGGUCCAAGCGAACAGUCUGUUGGAAGGGUUCCCCGAGGGUCUCCCAGAAGGUUGUUCUUGAGGCCAACAGAUUCUGGACGAAUUAGCAUACAAAAAUCCAAAAAUGGACCGAUAUAUUUCGCCCAUAUCGGUCCAAGGUCACCAGCUCGAACCAGAUUUCGCAGCAUGUUGAAGCGAGCUCCAAUAGAUCUUCCUGGGAGAAGAACAGACCGAGCUGCCUAUCUUCUACGUUUUUCAACAAAGCUCAGAGUUGAACGUAUUGGCAAAUUUGUAUCGGGCCGCCUUUCAUACCGUCUGUAUAAUUCAAGGCCUGGGCUACGGCACACUUAUCAACGAAAUGGACAUCAGCCUCCAGAUCCUUCGACUAGACUACUUGAAAUGAAUUACGAAGGUAACUUCAUUCGGCAGUACAGGUGGCUUGAACGCGACAAAUCGUUCAAACCAACUUUGUUCGAUGAAAAGCUUUUGAGUGGCUCUUCUGAUUUUUUGAAAGAAGAAUGGGAAAAACUUGAUCUCCAAGAGAAAGGACUCACAUGGCCACGACUUAUGUUUCUAGCUUUGGCUUGCUAUCCAAGCAAGAUCUUGAAAUUCAUCAACACCACCUACUGUGCACCUUACCCUUCAUCAGCCGCUGUUUGUGACAGCCUUGAUUUUGUUAUAUUACACUAUCUGAAGGACUUGAAGCCGUCCCACGAGAAUCAUAGUGUCUAUCUAUACAAAACGAUUAUCAAUAUGCUCCUCCGUGGGCCUGCAAAUUAUACCUACCUGUCCCAAAACGCGAUAUAUUACUUGCUGAUACGCCUGCCCAGCCCAGAAUAUGUAGUGGACCUCUACAGGAGCCUGGAGCGAUUGAAUAACCCUUUAAGACCAUGGACCUUGGCUCACUUUGCUUCUCGCUUGUCCCAGGCAAGUCAUGAAUACGAGGAAAUUGUGUUUGAGAUGCUGCAACGCUUGGGGGGUCUUAGGACUGAUUUCAAUACCCCAAUGAUGGAGAGUCUUUGCACGACCAUUCUUCUGAAUUCAAGUCCAGAUGCAAAAAUUGGACACUCGGAGAAGUUUGAAUACAUGCUCAAAUGUGGGCUGAUACCGAACAUAAUCACCUACAAUGUCCUCCUUUUGAAAAAUCUGAGGGCCGGGGAUCGGGUUGGCAGCUGGCGUAUUUUUGAGUUAAUGAAUGAAAGCGGACCCGAGCCAGAUGCUUACACAUACUCGACUCUCCUGAACGACGCAAAGAGGAGAGGUGAUACUCUUGCUAUAAAAGAUCUCAUGGAAUCAUAUAACCGUAAAGGCAUGAGCAGCGUACACGUUGUAGUUGAUGUGCUACAUUCUACGUUACUUUCCGCCGAAAGUGCCAAAAGGAAAUCUAGCUGGGGGCCUGUUCCCGUGGACAGAAGUGCGUUUCGGGAGAUGCUGCCCUACUAUUGCAGACAUUUUCAUUUUGAGCCCCUAGCUCGCCUUGUACCCGGAUUGGCGACGAAUUACCCCCAGUACAUGGGCAGAGAUCAGACAGAAACGUCUCUUGGUUCAGUAAAUCUUUCCAGUAUAAGGGCAGAGCCGCCAAAGCAUGCGCUUGUGGUUAUGCUCACAGCUCUCCUCAGAGGAUACGAGGAUCCUGAUACGCCAAAGUGGUUUUACGAGCAUUGGAGGAAGUUGGUACACGACUGCGAUCCAUUCAUCCUUGAAAUUUCUACUGCAAAUAAUGGCCAUUAUCUGUCCGUCAUUUACAACACUCUUCUCAAAUCGUUAGGUCGUCAUGCAAUCAAUGUUCCUUUAUGUCUAAAAAUCCUUGGAGAAAUGAGCCAGACUUUACCGGUCGACAGCAACGCAGAGACUGCAAUCCGACUACCAAAACCAACAAUAGCAACCUGGAACAUUCUUGCAGAGCUCCUCAUGCAACAUAGACAGCCUCGUGCGGCCGAAAAGAUCCUGAGCAUGAUGCGGGAACGUGGUAUUGUGCCAACGUACGUUACCUGGAGAAACCUUCUCAAAGGUUACGUUCAGGUGCAAGAUGUAGGUAUGGUUGUCAAUACUGUAGAUCGACAAGAGCGUGCUGGUUUCCCGGUUGCUUCUUCCGUUUUGAGAGAAAUGAAAACGGUCUCAGAUCGCCGUGCUUUGAUUGAAGCGCUGAAAGUCGCUGAGAUGGUGAGGUUGGAAGAUGCAUUACGAGAGCGUGAGCGUGAGCGCGAGGAAAAUGCCCAGAAAAUGGCUUCCAAUGUGGCCGAAGUUACGGUCGAAGAGGUUGAACCAGAGAGGCUUGUUGUUGAGGAUAUGCCUUUACCAGGACCUGCAGAUGCAAACAGCCAGUUGGCUAAGGUUUUUGAAGGCUUGAAAGGAAAAGAGCUAUUGGGGGAGCAGAGGGUUGUAUGA